UAUAACCGAUCCCUUGCACCGCGAGAAGCUCUCUGAAGCUCAACAAUGGCGUCUCUCCGACCUCUCCUCCCCAUCGCCGCCCUUCUCCUCCUCCUCCUCUUCCUCAUCUCCUUCCACUCCGAUCCCCCACCGAUCCUUUCUCGCACACCUUCUCAUCCUCUUGAUCCUCUCACCUUCGACGAGAUCGCCGCUAUUCGAUCCAUCCUCGUCUCCUACCCACCCUUCGCCGCCCCGAACCAGUUCCCCGCCAUCCACUCCAUCUCCCUCGAUGAACCCCCGAAGCUCAUCGUCCUCCGCUGGCGCCCUGGCGAUCCACUCCCACCUCGCCGUGCUACCGUCACCGCCUACUCUCCCCCGGGCCACACCCACCUAAUCUCUAUCGAUCUUCCCUCCGGUCGCGUUCUCCACCACUCCAACCCUUCCGGCUUCCCUUUCCUCACCAUCGACGACAUGCGCCGCGCCAUCGCCACCGCCCUCAAUGAUCCCUCAUUCCUCCAAUCACUCAAUGCUCGAGGCCUCUCCUCUUCAGACGUCAACUGCGCCCCCCUCUCCCCCGGCUGGUUUGGCUCAGAGGAGGAUCACUGCCGGCUCGUCAAGGUCCAGUGCUUCGCCGCCGCCCCCAAUUUCUAUCUCCGCCCCAUCGAAGGCCUCACCGCCAUCGUCGACGUCGAUGCCGCUCUCGUGAUCAGGAUCUCCGACUCAGGUCCCGGGAUCCCGAUCUCCGCCGGUGAGGAUACCGAUUACCGCUACUCCACCCAGCGUAACAAACCCCGGUCCUUUUCAAACCCUAUCAAUCCCGUGUCGCUAGAGCAAGUGGGAGGACCCAGCUACUUCAUUGAGAAUAGCCACGUCAUCAAAUGGGCAAGUUGGGAAUUUCACCUCAAGCCCGAUGCACGUGCUGGCUCUGUGGUGUCACGUGCGAGGCUACGUGACCCGGAGAGCGGUGAAUGGAGGAGUGUGAUGUAUCAAGGUUUCGCUUCGGAGUUGUUCGUGCCGUACAUGGACCCGAGCGAAGGGUGGUAUUUCAAGACGUACUUGGAUUCGGGGGAAUAUGGUUUCGGAGUGAGCUCGAUGCCGCUGGUCAGGCUCAACGAUUGCCCCCGCAACGCGCACUACAUGGACGCCGUCUUCGCCGCCACCGAUGGCAGCCCAUUUGUGCGCCCGGACUUGAUCUGCAUCUUCGAGAGGUACGACGGGGACGUCGCCUGGCGCCACGCUCAGCCCCAUAUACGAGAGGCCAGACCAAAAAUAACAUUGGUGGUCCGCACUGCAGCUUCUGUGGGCAACUAUGACUACAUAGUUGAUUGGGAGUUCCAAACUGAUGGCAUCAUCAAAGUUAAGGUUAGUCUGAGUGGCAUGUUGCUAGUGAAGGGAACCACAUACCAGAACCUGAGCCAAGUCCCAGAAGGAGAAGACUUGCAUGGAACCCUAAUAACAGAUAACAUUAUUGGUGUAGUCCAUGACCAUUUCUUGAGCUUCUACAUGGACAUGGACAUUGAUGGCCCUGACAACUCCUUUGCCAAGUUUCAUAUGAUCAAGCAAGAGACAUCUCCUGGUGAAUCACCCAGGAAAAGCUACAUGAAAGUCAUAGGGAGCAUUGCAAAGACUGAGAAGGAUGCACAGGUUAAACUCUCUCUUUAUGAUCCUUAUGAGUUCCAUAUUAUCAAUCCUUCAAGAACUUCAGGAGUUGGGAACCCCUCUGGGUACAAACUAGUCCCUUCUGCCACUGCAGCCAGUUUGCUUGAUUUGGAUGAUCCUCCACAACGUAGGGGUGCUUUCACAAAUAAUCAGAUAUGGGUAACUCCAUACAACAAGAGUGAACAAUGGGCAGGUGGCCGUUUUGUGUACCAGGGCCAUGGAGAUGACACUCUUGCAACAUGGUCUGAUAGGGACCGAGGAAUAGAGAAUAAGGACAUAGUCCUAUGGUACACAUUAGGGUUUCACCACAUUCCUUGCCAAGAAGACUACCCUAUCAUGCCUACAGUGUCCUCCAGCUUUGAACUCAAGCCCGUUAAUUUUUUCAGAAGGAACCCUAUUCUCAGAGCACCACCAUAUACUGAGGUUGAUCUUCCAGUUUGCAGUGUAAUGGCAUCAUUAUAAUUAUAUAUAUAUGUGUGUAUGCAAGCUUAGGAUUAUUACGCUUCAUAAGUAUUAGGAAGACAUCAUCUUUAUUAAUACUUAAGUUCCACAUGACUCUUUAUAACUAGGUGAUUUAUGAAGUCUUUAGGAGAAAAAAAAAAAUCUUGCAAAGGUAUGCCACAGCUUUAUGAAAUGUAAAUUUGCCCUAUUGGAUGUAUUAUUUGAUGUAGAUAUAUAUUGGAAGUGCACAUCGUUGGGUAUUGUGCCUUUUCUACUCCGAUGUCUUCUGAAAUAAUAUAUGUUAAUUAUUUUCAA